CUUGAUUGUGCUAUGUGUUUCUUUUUAUUGUUAUGACAUUUGACUAUUUACCCGUGUACUUGUAGAAAUAAAAACUUAUAAUAUCACCAAGUAACAAUACCUCUAUUUCACAAUGAUUUCGGUGCAACCCAACGUCAAAAUAUAUACAUUUUGUUUAAUCUUAUCAUCGACUUUGUCAGUAUUGUCCUCGUCCGCCACCAACGAUACUACUAGAUACGACCAGACGAGAAAAUUAAGCGGAGAACAAUAUGGCCUCGAUUACAACUUACAAAAUUAUACACACAUAAGGCAUGCUGCAAGUAGAUCGAGAAUACUAUUCGAUUGGAACAGUCCGAAUACGGAAACCGUAGACCAAAAAAAUGGAAACGUACAAAUGACUGUUUCUAGUUUGAACGAAGAAGACCGAGUGAAAAAUAACGUGUGGUGGCCGUGGAAAAACUACGAUGACUGGCUAAACGGCAGAGGAUUGAAAGUGGAAUCCAAGGGGGAGGUGAAAAAAAGGAGAAAAGACCGAAAAAAGAAGAAGAAGAACAAAAAAAAUGGAAACAAAAGGAAAAAGUCAAAGAUCGCCAAUGAGAAUGCUAAUUCAGUCGACGGUCCAGUUCGUUUAAUAAUACCAACAAGCAGAGAUGAAAAUGAAAUCAUUAAAAAAGGAUCUAUUCCUGAUAUACAUGAUAGACCAUCAGCUAUCGAUGUAAUAUUAAAAAACAGUUCAUUAAGUCCAACAUUGGUAAAAUAUUCCUCGAGGAAUUUUACUUAUGAUGUUAACGAAUGUUUGACGAAUAACGGAGGUUGUGAAGGUUUAUGUAUCAACACUCCAGGAUCAUACCGCUGUCACUGCCCGUCAGGAUUUAUAGUGGCCGACACACAAUGCAUCGAUGUCGACGAGUGUUUGUUGCGCAACGGUCACGGGCCAUGCCAGGGUACUUGUUCGAACACAUGGGGAGGAUACAAGUGCUCGUGUGAACAGGGUACCCGGUUGGCCGAAGACAGACAUUCUUGCGACGACGUGGACGAGUGCCGGGAAGGGACCGCGGGUUGCUCUCACGAGUGCAUUAACACGGUGGGCUCGGCAUUUUGCGUGUGUCCUGAGGGUCUACAGCUUGACGUCGAUUGGAAGACUUGCAAAGACUUAGACGAAUGUUCCGAUCCGGAACUGCAGUUUAACAAGUGCAACGGUACGUGCAUCAACACUUACGGAUCGUACACGUGCUCCUGAAGUCAAACACAGCACCAUCAACAUUAUAUUAUGUUGUUUAACAACUUUUUUUUUUUAACUAUCCUAUCUAUUAAUCGCUAGUCAUGUUUUUCGAUCGGUAUUUUAACUUAACAAAUAAACGACCUACUCACAUAUUCAACUAUUCGUAAUAACUCCAAACAGAAAAACAACAAUAAUAAUACUAAUACAUAUUAUAUUAAAAAUGUUCAUAAAAUUGUUUAUAAAAACUAAAAACUACAGGUUUUUGUUAUGGGUAUACGAUAUUUGAUACAAUUAAA